AUGAUUGUCUUCCUCCUGAGCCUCGGCUACUCAGCCGUCGCCGUCGGCAUCGCGCGGACGAUCUGCACCUUAUUCGAGCUCAGUGCCACUUGGACGACUCCGCGACUCAUCCAACAAUUCGGCAAUGUCAUGGCGGGCUUCUACAGCAUCACCUGGCAGGCUCUCUGGCUUACCUUUGGCGUGGUUUGCUUCAUAAUAAAUUGGGAGGACCUAAUUUCUGGAACUCGAUACGGGGACCUCAUUAAAGCCAGCGGGCUUGUGGGCGGUGUCAUCUUGAGCCGCAUAGGUCUGUGGGGUGUUGACCUGACGACGCAGAUCAUCGUCCAAGAUGAAGUUGAAGAAGACAGUCGGGGCGCGUUUUCGACGGCAGAAACAUCUGCGCAAAAUCUAUUUGAGAUGCUGUCGAUCAUCCAAAGAGCAGUCCCCGACUUCCGCACGGCGGAAUUCUGGCUCUACAAGUCUAAGUCCCCAACUUCGACUCCACCAGACGCUGUCGAGAGCUUCGAAGGAUUAAGAUCAGCAAAGGGGAAAGGCAGUCGGCUCGAUGACAAGUCGCUCCGGCUGGCGAAGAUCAUUGAUUCACCUGGUAACCCGUUGGCGAGAUUAGACAUUGAACUCGUCGAAUCGACGUUGCAAUUAGCGCCGCCGUACCUUGCUCUGUCCUAUACGUGGGGGCCUUUCAGCUCCAGCUUAGCGGCAUAUACAGAGAACGAUAUCAGAUUUGUAUGGAUCGAUGGGCAGCCUCAUGCGAUAUUUCCGAAUCUUUUCGAUGCGCUCGUGCAGCUGCGCAGAACAUACAGUGGUCGGUAUUUCUGGAUAGAUUCGCUCUGCAUUAACCAAAAUGAUUUGGAUGAGCGCCAAGCCCAAGUCCAGGUGAUGGACCAAAUAUACAGAACAGCAGAAGAGGUAAUCAUAUGGCUCGGCCCGUCGAACGAUCAGAGCGAGGAAGUGGUUGAACUAGUCCACAAGAUAUCACGUCUCGACUCUUCCGUUGUCCAGCGGUUUGGCUAUCAGCUACACCCUACGAGCCUGUCCGCACACAACCUUCCCCAUCCGCACUCCAAUAUCUGGAAGAGAUACCUAGAACUUUACGAUCUAAGGUGGUUUUACCGGAGUUGGGUCAUUCAGGAAGUUGUCCUUGCAAAGAGCGCGACCGCCCAUUGGGGACUGUGGAGAAUUCCCUGGCUCGAAUUGCUCGGCGGGUGCCAGAUAUUCGUCGCCGAUCGACUCCGCAAAUUCCUCUUUUGCGACAUCACGUCCUCAUAUUUCGAUCAUCUUCCCAUGGGAAGGAACCUCUACCGACUCGGCUUAAUAUAUAGGACAUGUACACAUGGCUUCGACGAGGCAACAGUCAUUUCUGAUCUUUCCACAGGUCUCAAGGGUUUGAAGGCUUCGGAGCAUAUCUUACUCCAUCUGCUGCGGAUGGCGGCGCGAGAUUUCGACUGCUCGGACCCGCGUGAUCGGGUCUAUUCCCUGCUAGGACUUGUCAGUCAUGUUUGCAAAGAGCGCGGUUUGGCGACACUUUCAGUCCUGCCCAAUUACGACCCCAGCUGCACCGCCGCAUCCGUCUUGACUUCUGUGGCAGAAGCCGUCAUAUCUGGAAGUCAGUGCCUAGGCAUUAUGUCUCACGUCAGUGACUUGAUGUACCGCCAAACGCCGGGAUUGCCAUCCUGGGUUCCUGACUUUAUUCGGGCACCUAAUUACUCAAUGGGGAAAGAUGCCGUAUUCGAUGCAUCAAGGUUUGCUUCAGAUGGACAAAGAGGCUUCCAGAUUAAUGGAAACGUUCUUAGCGUCCGCGCAACCUGCAUUGGGCAUGUGAGGUGGAUAGCCCCGUCCCGAAUUGACAAUCAGGUUGAGAACCUAUUUUCUAUGCUACGAGUGGUUUUCAACACCCAUCUCCCAAGGGGGGUGGAUCGACUCGAAGUGCUCUGGAGGACCAUGAUAUGGGACAUUUAUGGCCACGCACAGGUUAUCGAUGAACACCCUGCACCGGAUUACCUCGAAGAUGCUUUCUUCGCCUCCCUACUGCCAGUGGUUGCGCGAAGCUAUCAGACUCCGGAAUUCUACGCGCAGGCUUCUGAAGUUGUGGAUGAUCUUCGACGUGUGUUGAGCAAGGAGCAAAAGGACCAGCCACUGUCGCUGACAGCGAGGUUGAUCGAGAUGCUCAGUUUCUACUCCGCUGGAUCUGUCGCUGAGGACGACGAUGGCGAUUUCUCCCCUAAUCAAAGAAGAGCGGACCCCGCAAUAUAUUCGAGCCACUCCAGCGGUGUUACUUGGAAGGCAGCCCAGUCCUAUAACUUCAAGGAUAGACGCACGCAGCCCUCAAUCGACGUCAAGGAUGCCACUUUCUGCAAUAUCACCGUCACGUAUACUCAUCCUGGACUGGGUGACAACGUUAUUGUAGAAGCAUGGCUUCCAGCGGACAAUUGGAAUGGUAUGUUCCAGGCUGUGGGUGGCGGCGGCUGGAGCACGGGCCGGAAUGCGGGCGCGUACUCCGCUAUGGCAGGCGCUAUAGCUGAUGGAUACGCCACGGUUACGACCGACGCGGGAUUGGGAACUGCUGGUGAUCCCAGUCCAUGGGUUCUGCUGAGUCCUGGAAAUGUGAAUAUGUAUUACCUUCAAAACUUUGCUACCGCUAGCUUGAAUGAUGAGGCUAUUCUCGGAAAGUCCUUCAUUCGAAGCUUUUACGGCCGGGAUCCUAGCUACUCGUACUGGAACGGCUGCUCGACGGGAGGUCGGCAGGGCCUCACAUUGGCUCAGCGAUAUCCAGACGCCUAUGACGGCAUUGCAGCUGGAGCUCCAGUAAUAUACUGGACGAGAGUGGGCAUGACCGGGAUGUGGCCGCAGCUGUACAUGAAUAUGGAGAAGGCCUACCCCUUCGGAUGCGAGCUCAAAGCCAUCACCAGCGCCGCUGUUUUGGCAUGCGACGGUCUUGAUGGGGUGGUUGAUGGCUUGAUUUCCGAUCCUGACGCGUGCCUGGCCAGCUUCGACCCUUUUCAGUUAAUUGGCACCACGAUUUCGAACUGCUCUCAGACAGGUGGUGAGGUACAGAUAAGCGAAGGUGCGGCGAAAUUGGCCAACGCAACCUGGCAUGGUGCAAGGUCGUCUGAUGGGCAUCAACUCUGGUACGGCCUGAACGUAGGGUCAACCUUUGACGUGAUUGCUGGGACCAACUGCACCGGCGGCGUGUGUGUUGCAGAUCCCGGUAGGUACGGCUGGGACCUCUUCAAGUGGUUUGUCGCCAAAGACCCCGACUUUGACCCUAGCACCGUCACCCACGAGAUUUAUGACGCCAUGGGUCAUUCCGCUUUCCAGCAAUACCAGUCUGCUAUGGACUUCGACGACCCGGAUCUGACCGAGUUCCGUAAAGCCGGCGGUAAACUCCUCACUUACCACGGCUUGGCCGAUAACCUCAUCCCGGCGAAGGGCACAGAGCAUUAUUAUAAACUUGUUUCGCAUUUGUUCCCAGAUAUCGACAGCUUUUACCGUCACUUUCCUAUUCCGGGGCUCGCUCACUGCUCGGGAGGGGCUGGAGGUCAACCCCUCGGGCUGUUUGGACAACUGCGGGCGUGGGUAGAAAACGGCACCGCUCCCGAGUACACGACCAUGGACUUCGUGGCACCCGAUGGGACGAACCAGACCCUCGGACUUAACAGGCUCAAAGAUCCUUUCGCCGCCCUAAGAGGAGGCUGA